AUGGCGAAAGAGGAAAGCCCUACUUGGCUCGUCUAUCCAGAUAGGCAGGCGAUCCCGCUAACCGAGGCUUUGCAAACUUUGAGCCAAAAUAGUGAAUCACCGAAGGUUACCCUAGUAUUUUUGGACGCUACAUGGAAAUACGCGAAAGAAAUGCACAAAGCAAAUGAAGAAAAGAUGCAGUACCCAUCUCAUAUGUUGCGCGUCAAGCUUUCCCCGGAUGAUUUUGCAGUAUUCAAUCCUAGACGCUUCGACAUUAGGACACCACCGUCGGAAGAUUGCCUGUCCACGGCCGAGUGUCUUGCUUUCAUUAUUUCUAAACUCGAAAAGGAGCCUUUUAUUUACGACACAAUCAUGAAGCCGCUUGAUCUCAUGGUACAGCAGUGGCAUGCUUUUGCGAAACAAACUAGAGCAAGAAAGCGAAGAAAGAAAGAACAUCACGGAGAGCUAUUUUCUGCAAAUGCUUGA